UGGUUGUGUGUGACAACUUGUAAAAUGGCAGCUAUCUAUGCAAAUGGUGAUUUCAUAAGGCUGAAAGAUAACAAACAGCCAACCUCAGUUGAUGAAGCAGACCGGUACACUUAUGGAGAAAGUGAUGACCUGGACUGGGAUCCAAAGAGAAAAGACAUUGCAGAUGCACCUGAACACACAUUCUCAUCUAGGAAAGAGAAAGACCCGUCCUAUAAGGCAGUUCUUCUGGCUGUCCUUAGUAUCUCUCUGCUCGUGGCUCUGCUGGCUCUGUGUGUUCUGGGAAUUCUCUAUUCCCAUCUACUGAGGUCAUCUGAUUUGUUAAAAGAACAGAACAGAAAUGCUGCAGUCGACAUUGAAAUACAGGAGCAGAAUGCCACAGACAGCACAUUUGAGAGGAGAAAGUACUACUAUUUCUCUUCAGAACAACUGAACUGGAUGGAAAGUCGAGAUUAUUGUAUGAAAACUGGAGGUCAGCUGGUCAAAAUAACAGGCAAAGAUGAUCAGUAUAAUUUGGCCUCAAUAAAGCUGAAAGAGCCGCAUUGGAUUGGACUACAUGAUUUGUACACUGAAGGACACUGGAUGUGGGUGGACAACACAACUCUCUCAGGAGAAACGUUCUGGCAUAAAAGGACAGCUGGUCUAUCUGAACCUGAUAACUGGACACAGGAGAACUCAGAUGGAGAAGACUGUGCUUGUCUGGAAACUGAGAGUGAAUGGUUUGAUGCUUCAUGCUCACAACUAAAAAGGUUUAUCUGUGAAAAGUAA